GCUUUCGGUGUUCAAAGAUUCGCGUCGAUACAAUCAAGCGUUAGAGUGUUUCUAUUCGAUGAGGGGUUACGGUUUUCCGGUCGACGAAUUCACCAUAUCGACCGUGAUCAAUGUUUGUGCCGACAUUAGAGAUUUGGCCGAGGAAUGCUUGGCGCGGUUCGGGUGUUCGGAGAAAUCCAAACGUGGGAUUCGGCCCUCUGCAAUUCCAUGAUAUCGUGCUAUGCUCGAAAAGGGCUUACGGAUGAAGCCAUGGGCCUUUUUGCGGAGGCGACAAGGAAGGGUGUUCUUCCAAAUGAAAUCACUUUUACAAGCAUAUUGAGAUCGCAUUCCUCUUUUGGGUUCGCCAUGGAGAAAACACAAAUUCAUUGUUGGAUUUGUAAAUUGGGUCUCGAGGCCGAUUUAAUCAUUUCCAGUGCUCUUGUCGACAUGUAUUCUAAGUUGGGUUCUAUAGAAAGUGCAUUGAAAAUUUUCUAUGAGAUUGAUUCCAAGGAUUUAGUUUCAUGGAAUACCAUGAUCCUGGGUUUGGCUCAAAAUGGAAGAGGGAAAGAAGCUCUUAGCUUAUUCGGAAAAUUGCUCGAUAGUCGUAUUCAGCCAGACAGAAUUACUUUGCAUGGUGUUCUACUCGCUUGCUCCAGCGAAGGAAUGGUUAAUGAAGGAAAGAGACUAUUUUCAUUAAUGGAUACAAAAUAUCGAGUUACGUAUAACUGGGAACACUGUAUUUGUGUAGUGGACAUGAUGGGUCGAGCGGGGAGGUGUAAAGAGGCACUUGGUUUUAUCGAUAAAAUGCCUUACAAUCGUAAUAUCGCACUUUUAGAGACACUUCUAGAAGCUUCUAGAAUUCAUGGAAAUUUGGAGAUUGCGGAAUUAGUAGCAGAGAGGAUGGUGAAGUUGGGGCUUCGCUCCUCUCUCCCUUACACUGUGCUGGCUGAGCUGUAUGGUAGUAGAGGAAGAUGGGAAAGUGUGGCGAGGGUUUGGAAACACAUGAAGGAGAGAGGUGUUAAGAAGGUUCAAGGAUGCAGUUGGAUUUGCAUUAGGAAUUGUGUUUACGAAUUUAAGGGUGAUGAGUUAUUGCAUUAUGGAGGAGAAGCUACUUACAGGAUAUUGGCAUUGUUAGAUUGGGAGAUUGAGGAUGAGGGAGACGAAACAAAACACUUUGAUAAUCAAUUUUGGACUUGAGCAGAAGUGCGGUUUGAGUAGAGCUGUUUUAAGAAGCUCUAGUGCCUUUUUCACUGAUAUGCACCCAACAACUUUUCCACAAAGCUGCAAAUCGAAACUUCAAAUCGAGUCUUGUGCUUUUGCAGCCCGGAAGCUCAUUUUUGGACUCUGUUUUUUAAGAAGCAAAUCUCAUGCUUACUGACAAAAUUCAGAUCUACUUAUAUAGAGGAUCAUAAUAACACUCUCUGGACCAAGCAAUCAAAGAUGAAGUUACCGCAACUUUGCAACACCUCGACUGCAGUUCAAUUGGUUUUCGAGAACUCUAUUGAUCUUCCAGUAUCGAUCCAAUCGUUUUUGUCGAAAGUGAGGCAACAAAAUUUCGACCCAGAAUAACCAACGAACUGCAAGUGCUUUAUGCUGGUGUAGAUGCAAUUGCAAUAGGAACUUGACGAGUUGAUCCUUACACAUAGAACUGGAGUAGUCGCAAGUGUGCAACACCUCGACUGCAGUUCAAUUGGUCUUCGAGAACUCUAUUGAUCUUCCGGCAUCAAUCCAAUCGUUUUUGUCGAAAGAGAGGCCAAACUGUAUUUCGACCCAGACGCUUUCGGGAUGCUCCUAAUAACCAACGAACGGCAAGUGCAUUUUGCUUGUGUAGAUCCAAUUUCAAUGGGAACAUGCGAGUUGAUCCUUACACAUAAAACUGGACAAGUAGUCGCAGGUGUGCAACACCUCGACUGCAGUUCAAUUGGUUUUCAAGAACUCUAUUGAUCUUCUGGCAUCGAUCCAAUCGUUUUUGUCGAAAGAGAGGCCAAGCCAUAUUUCGACCCAGAUUCUUUCGGGAUGCUCCUAAUAACCAACGAAUGGCAAGUGCUUUUCCUUGUGUAGAUCCUAUUUCAAUAGGAACUUGAUGAGUCAGAUCCCUACACAUAACCUGGUCUUCGGAAAAGGAAGAUAAAUCAAAGCUUCUAAUACCAUGUGUAUUUGUUCAAAAAUAUAGCAAAGGCAACAAUUUCUUUUUUGUUGAUGUAUUUGUAUGGAAUAUUGCUUGAUCAGCAAUAUUCAGAACAUUUUGCAGGUGAGCCUGUAAGUUGUAAUUGAGCUAUAAACUUUAAUUUAGCUGAUUUCUGUA